AUGUCCAAGCCCACAGAUACUUCCGAUCGCCGACGGAGGAAAAGCGCCGGAUUCUUUGUGCGCCCAAAUGGCCGACCUACAUCUAUAUUCGGUUCACUCCGCUCGGUGCAUUCGACCGAGGAGGACGACGUCGCGUUGGAUAAGACUACGAGCAAAUCUUCGUUGGGAGAUGACGAGAUCGAUGGACAAUUGCAUGUGGCUGGACAAGUAGUCCUUCAUCAUGGCGAAGUACACACAACUGGUGGAGUCUUUCGCAAGCGCAAAGAAUACCUUGUGCUCACCGAUCGCUACCUCGUGCGAUUCAAGAGCCAAGGAAGAGCCGCAGAUGUCUUCCCCACCAUUCCUUCCUCGCUAGGGCGCAGCAACACUCUGAAUGGACGGCAUGGGUCAAUACCAUCGGGAGGCUCAGUGCAAGACCUACAAUCCUUGAAUUCGCACUCGUCUGCAGAGGGCAACAUGGGCAUUCCACUUUCCCAAGUGAUUGCCGUAUACAAGCUGGAUGACGGGCGGCCUUACUUUUCGCUAGAGUUGGCCCACCUGGAUGAAGAGACCAAUCAGGCUUCCUCAAUGAUCUUGUUGCUCAAUGAUCCUCGAGAGGCAGAUUUAUGGCUUUCUUCGCUCCGAGCAGCCGCUUUGAAAGCUCGUCUGGGCAGCCCUCGGUCCUUUUCUCAAAAAUCGGUCGAGUACGCAGCGCGUGUGCUCGAACAAGAGCGUGACUAUGACCCGGCUCAUUUUAGGAUUUUCAAAGUCGUGCAGCGCGCCUCAACAAAGUCAUCCGGGCGCUCCUCGUCCGAUGACGUUUCAAAAUUGACUUCGAUAAUCUGCUAUCUGAUCAUUGGUGUACACAAAGUCCACCUCAUCCCGCUCCCGCGUCUCUCGCACCGUAUUUCGAGCAGCUCCUUGGCAGAAUUGAAUUUUCAGAGCUCCUUUGGCAUUUUAGCGCUCACUUCCAUCAACAUCAAAACAGCGGAUGAUGCAUUCGAGCUGUCAUUUAGGAUUCCGUUUUGCCGAGAAAAUCGCCUCCAUCUGGCUUCUUCGUGCUCUGCUGAGAUUGCUCUGUGGCUGUGCCAAGCUACGCAGUAUCUCCGGCCGCAAUGGCUCCAACAACCUAUCAAUCUCUCGGCGCCUUAUGAAGUCGAGGACGAGGUUUUGCCAGUGAAUGAGGAUGACGAGGAUCACAAGUGCUUUGAUCGCACUCUAACUGCAUACUGCGCUGCUUAUGAUCUGGACACAUCCAAUGUUCGGUACACUAUCGCAUAUGAUGUGGAAGAUGCACCUUGCUUCGAAUUGUUGCCGCCAGCGAACCCUCGGAGGUCAAAGUACCUAGCUCUUGAACUUCUCGCAAUAAUGCGAUCCCUUCGAUUUAACGAAUCAUUCCGAUCAAUUUCAUUCCGAGGCAUUAGCCUUGAUGUUUUACAUGGACUGCGAGACUAUAAUGGAACGGAACAAGUGGCUUGGACUACGCGUUCUGGUACGCCGAUUGAUUUAAAGACGGCGGAAAAUUCCUCAAUGCUAGUGCAGGAAAUUCAGGGACUGGCUCUUAAGAGUAAACGACUCAGACGGCUAGAUUUUAGCUCAACCAUCACCAGGAAGCCCCAUGAUAGUGAGGCGGGACCGCGCGAUCCGGGUUGCGGCAUAGCUGAAGCGUUGUUUCCGCUUUGCAGGAAGCAGCUAACAAAUGUGGACUGGAUCGUUCUGAGCGGUAUUGAAUUGGGCGAAUCAGACCUAGAUUAUUUGGUCGAUGCGGCUGUGGAGAAGGGUUGCCAUUUCCGCGCUCUCGAAGUCAGCCGCUGUGGUCUUACGGAUCGCAGCAUGCAGCUUAUCCUGAAUGCUAUGCUGUCGCAAGAUAACACGAUGGAGUCCAUUGACCUAUCUGGCAAUCUGGCACGGUUGUCUCCCGCGACCUUUCAAGGGCAGAUUGGACAUUUUGCAUUUAUCAGAAGGAUAAACCUCUCUCGUGUCCAAAGGACUUCUGGCCCGGAACCGCUUAUUGCGACUGAAACGCUCCUGACAUGGAGGCUGGAAUCGCUGCAGCUGAGCGAAACCGCAAUCAACGAGCAGACAGUGGCAUCUAUAUGCGCUUAUCUCAAAAGUCCGAAGUCAGAUACGCUGCGCGAAGUAUGUCUCAAUCAAUGUGGUCUCACGGGAACAGAUGUCGCGGCAUUUAUGCGCGCAAUGACCAGAAAUCCCGGCACAGCACGGAAUCUUCAUUUGCACGUGAGCGAAAACCGGCUAGAGAAGGGCCAUGAUGAUUUGGCCAGGGCCGUGGCCGAGGGUCUCACACCUUCUCAUUUGACCAUGAAAAUGGUUGAGUACCAACGAGAGGAUCAUUUCAGGGGUCUGGUGCAAGCGCUGAGGCAGAAUACGACGCUGAAAUACCUUGAUAUAUCCAAGGCCUCUUUACCAUACGAUGCGAACCAUGAAACAUGUGAGGCUUUACAGUUAAUGUUUGCCGAGAAUCAAACGCUUGAAGAACUUGAUAUUUCUGGAGAACAUGCUCAUUUGGAGGUCGCGAAAUUUGGUAUUGGGCUCAAUCACGCAUUGACCGGUCUCAGCAAAAAUUCCGCCUUGAAAGUCUUGCACAUCGAAUACCAACGGCUCGGUCUCCAGGGAGCGAACACCUUAGCUUCAGUCUUGGAGCACAACUCCACUCUGAGGGAAAUAUAUUGCGAACAUAACGAUAUUAAUCUUCAAGGGCUUACCGGGCUUGUCAAUGGCCUUUCUAAAAACUAUUCUGUUCAGAUAUUGCCAGACAUGGCGCGCGAUCGAGCGGAGUCAUUGCAGAUGGUUGAGCGAGAAAUCCAAGCUAUUCGAGUGGAGUCGUCUGUAAAUACCUCCAAGAGCUCGGUUCGCCGUACCCUUGCUGCUGUCAGCUCAAAAGCAUCGAAAUCGCAGUCUCCGCCCCAUGUCACAUAUACCGAGCAAGAUGUCAUUGCCGCCGUCAAAUUAAUGAAUGAUAAAUGGGAGCGUCAGACGAAACGGCUUGAGCAUUUUCUGCUUCGAAAUUAUUGCUUGGAUAAUGGUCUCCCAGCACCGAUGAUGGACAGCAUGGGCGUCGAAAAUGAUCGCCCCAUCACUUCCACGAGCAUCUCUGGAUUACUAAACACCGUGCGCCUCGACAGUACGCCUACUGCUGAAAAGGAGGUCAGCCUAGGUGAGGCAAUGAACGAAAAGUUUGGCUUGGACCUUUCAAAUCACUCUGAGGAUGUUAGUCCCAGCAGCAAGGAUUUGCAUGUGUAG